AUGGCAGGGCUCGAGGCGCUGGCGAGCACUGCAGAUGCGGGCCUGCAAAAGGGCUUUGAGGAUGUCUUGAAGUCGAUCAUGCAGGCCCACCUGGAGGGGCUGCAGCGACCACCGACAACCUCCCGCAGAGCGCACAGGGCUUCCACAAACCCAGCGCCCACGAGCCCAGCUGCCACGAAUCAGGACCUGCCCCGAGCUGGACCGAAAGCAAGGGAGCGACUCACUAGCUUCUUUGUCGGGGACAACGUUUCGCACGCUGCUUACUGCGAAGAAUGUGGUGCCCCUGCAACCCAUGGGCUGCGCGGAAGCAAGGAAGGGGGCAACCUAAAGUACUCCUGCUGUGUGCAUCGCGACUUCAAGCGAUUCUUCAUGUUGGAGAGGACCCGCGCAGAGUGGGCACGGAGCUGUGAAGUGUACAAAGUGAAGGCGGAACUGGCACGAGCCCUUGACGAGGAGUCACAUCAGAGGGGUGGCAACGUCUGGCAGCAAGACGGAUAUUGGAGGGACGCGACACCGAAAAGCAGACAUCUGAUCGCGAAGCUUCUGAUGAUGGGCGGAAUCGAGAGCAAUCCGGGGCCAUCUUCAGUGGGAAUCCGGGCGGAAGGGGAGUGUUCCCUAGCAUCGGGAGGGGACACACUAGUGCUUGAUGGCGCCGCGGCGCAUCUUUCCGAAGCGCCUCCUGGAGAGGAUCCUUGGGCGGAGACAGACCUCCUGCUGCAUGACGUGCCCCCGAGUGGGGCUGCUAUGGAAUCGACGGCGGUGCCAUCAGCUGGAGAGAUUGGGGUGAUGGUACAGGACCAGGACGGCGAAGCGACGCCAUCAACACCGGUGGCGCCAAGGAUGGCCGGCCGGUUCCGAAGAAGCCCCGCAAAAGGGUAA